AAGGCCCUGCGGGCAGUCAGAGGUAAAUGUUUCUUCAUUGCUCUCAGUUCAAUCCACAAGCAUGGAGAAGAUGGAACAUUAAAAGAAGCAUUUGAAUACUGCAGGACACAGAGGUGUUGAUUCACGUCCAAGGUGUACUGAUUUAGAACGACAGACCUGCAGGGCUGACCAGUAAAAGAGCAAAUCCUGAGCAUGACAUCCUGCAUCGCCAAGGCCCCCAGAAGGGCCAAUGCUUAUGCAGCAGUGCAAGCGCACCCAGGCAGCAGCUAUGUCACUCCCGGUGCCUUUGAGCUGGAGAAGCUGUUCUGGAGCGGCACAGGAGCAGCUUACACACACGUCAACGAAGUCUGGCCCAACGUCUUCAUUGGAGAUGAGAAGACAGCCCUGGAGUGCCACCACCUGGAGAGGAUAGGUGUGACGCAUAUCCUGAAUGCUGCAGAGGGCAAGUGGAACAAUGUGGCCACUGGCCCCAACUACUACAGUGACAUGAACAUCGAGUAUUACGGGGUGGAGGCCGAGGACAUCCCUACAUUCGACCUCAGCCAAUUUUUCUACCCUGCUGCUGAGUUUAUUGAUCAUGCUCUCAGUAAACCAGAGAACAAGCUGCUGGUGCAUUGCGUCAUGGGCAGGAGCCGGUCAGCAACGCUCUUCCUGGCCUACCUGAUGAUCCACAAGGGGCUAACCGUAGUGGAGGCCAUCGAGCACGUGAAAGAACGUCGCUGCAUCCUGCCCAACCGUGGCUUCCUCAAGCAGCUUCGCCUACUGGACAUCCAGCUGCAGCAGCAGAGGCAUAGUUCGCAGGACAGGGGAAGUGAUGCUGCAUCAACAUGAGUCUAGGACGCAAACCCAGGAGAAAACCUGUAAUGAAAUGCUUUCAUACCAUGUCUUAAGAUGUCAGCAGGAGAAAGUAAUGCCCUCGUCCUCAGUGGGAUACCGAUCUUGAAGAAAAAACAUGUCUUCAUAAAAGUUGAAAUAUAAAUCUUUGUAUAUUUCAAAAAUGUGCAUUAUAUUUCUGAUCGUUUCAUCUUCAUGAGGAUUUACAAUGAAUUUGUAAUUGUGCAAAAGAUAUUUAUGAAAUCUCAUCUUCAUGGGAUUCAGCUUCCUUUUCAAAUAUUAGUCACCUUAAAUGAAUGUAACCAAGUGCUCAAAUGGUCUUGUUUUAAGGUUGGAACUCACUCAGUCAUUUAACUGGCAUGUUGGAGCUGAAACCAACAGAGAAAUAUUCUUUAUAUUGCUCCCCCCCCCCCCAGAUUUGUGCACUCAUUUUCAAAGUGUAAUAAAUUGUACUUUGUGGAAAGCUUAUUUUUCAGUGGAACUUUUUUUUUUU